AUCACGAAUCUUUCCAAUUUUUAGCCAGUUUCUCACCUACCAACCUGAAUAAAUCGGUUAAGAUUGUUUAUAGACGUUCUUGGUGCAGUUGGUCUCCCCUAGGUGCAACUUCCUCUCCCUCUGCGAGGCCAUCCAUACAAUGUCGCUAGCCCUGGACGUGAUUACUGACAGCCGUGUCCUCGUGCGGCUUGCGCUACUUGGUGCGAUCUUCGUCUUGUUUCGAAUAUACAAAUCUUUAAUUGCUCCGACCAAACCAUGGCCCAAUUUUCCCGUGAUCAAACUCGAUGGGCUGGAUGCCGCAACCAGCUGGACCGAACACGCUUUAGAGACGAUAUUUCGGGGCCGGGAAGCCACCAAUGACGGCUUCUUCCAGAUCAUAACGGGCAAUGGGCCUAAGAUUGUCGCUCCAAACCGAUUCCUCGAGGAAAUCAAAGCCAACAAGGAUCUGGACGCACAAAAGGGCUUGGACGCGCAAAAGGCCUUCUCCACAGAGCAUUUCUGGACUUACUCUGGUAUGAUCGGCUUCAAGGCGAUGAGGAACUACCCAGAACCAAUCCGACAUGUAGUGCGUGGAAAGGUCAACGCUGCUAUGCUUGCGAUGACGAAGGAGCUAGCCGCUGAAGCAGUCGCUGUUAUUGAUGCAUCCAUGCCUUCGAAAGAUGCUGCAGAUGAUGAGUGGCAUUCCGUAUCGAUGCAGCCGGUCUGUGAGGAGAUUGUCGCCCGCCUCUCCACAUUAUUGUUCCUCGGCCGAGACGCCUGUCGGGACCGCGAAUGGCUUGAUGUAGUUAGGACCUACACCUUCAAUGCCUUCAGGACAUCGGCAAGACUUCGCGCCUGUUCACCUAUCUGGCGGCCGCUGGCGCAUCGCUUCUGGUUCUCCGAGAGCAAAAUGGUGCGCAAACAAUGUGCCCACGCUGAUAUGAUGAUUAAACCAAUGAUUGAGAAACGCCAAAAGCUGAUCGCUGCCGGUGAGUAUAAAUCCCUCAAGGUGGGCGAUACGCUUGGCUGGUUACUGGAGGCAAGUCAGCGCUUUGGCAAAUAUAUAGACUGCGUUGGUUCGCAGAUGCUGUUGACGCUUGGUGCGGUGCACAAUACAACAGAGACAAUGAAUGUCGCUGUACUAGACAUCUGCAAAAACCCUGAUGUUGUGCAGCCAUUGAGGAAUGAGAUCGUAAGGGUGUUGAAGGAAGAAGGAGGAUGGACCAAAAAUGUCUUCUCCAAGCUGCACCUGAUGGAUAGUUUCCUGAAGGAGUCGCAAAGGAUGCUUCCGAAUAAUAUUGCUCCUUUACGGCGCAUCGUCACCCGCAGAACCGUUCUCUCCGAUGGCACCGUCCUACCCAAAGGCGCAUUCGUUACCUUCGCGGGCAAUAACAUGGAUCCAUCUGUAUAUCCUAACCCCGAUGUCUUUGACGCAUAUCGCUUCUUGCGCCUCCGAGGCAAGCACAACGACGGGUUCCAAUAUACAGGACUCUCAACCGACAUGAUCCAGUUCGGAUACGGUUCAUGGGCAUGUCCAGGCCGCUUCCUCGCCGUGACGGAGCUUAAACUUGCAUUGGUGUUGUUCUUGAUGGAAUUCGAUUUCUGUCUGGAUGAGACUUCGCAAGAAUAUGUACGACAUUCCGCGGGAGCCAACAUGUCGAAUCGGGGAGCAACGAUCAAAGUGCGGCGUAGGAAGGAGAAGGAGAUUGAUCUGAUGGCGAUGUUAGAAUGAUAGGGGGGGUUCAAUUUCGAACCUUACGCCUAAACGGAGGCCCAUUCAAAGGCUAGUUUGCUUCCAUCGAGGCUGUGGAGAAGUGAGAUCUGUAACAGCUUCGCAAGCCUUUGGAAACAGGAUGUGUAGCUAGGUCAUGUCACCAUCUGCCUGAAGCUCCUGCAAAGAUCAACAGCACUUCAUGCAGGAGGCUAGCGAGCCGGGACAAGCUCAUCGUUGCUCGUCGCAAUGCGAAAGUUACUUUCUGUCAGUCUUCGGAGUAUUAGUUAAUCCGGAUCCGAAAAUCUUAGUAACUAAUCAGGUUGGCUCAUCUGGCUUUCGCUGGACGAACUUGACUCUCAUUGUCGAUUACUCCGUACAGAGUACAACAAAUCUUUCGUCAGUA